AUGGCUAUGUCCAGCCUUCUCUCUCCCAUAACCCCUCUGCCCCUCUCUCACUGCAAACCCCUCCUUCACUCACCCUUCUUCUUCUCUCUCAAGCAACAAUCUUUCCUCACUCUCACCAAUAUUUCAACCAAACCCACCAAGAAAAUCAAACCCAGAAGACCAGUGACCACCCAAUCCAAGGGUAGCGACGAGUCAGUGGAUGUCCCUGACCGGUUGAUCUCAGCCGUCUGUUACUUCUACCCCUUCUUUGAUGGCAUACAAUAUGGCAAGUAUGUAAUUACUCAGUUCACUGCCAUUCAGAUGCUCAUCCAACCCUUGAUACCAGCUAUAAGGGUCUUCAAAAGCUUCCCUUUCAAUGGGUUUUUGGUGUUUUUAACCCUUUACUUUGGUGUUGUUAGGAACUCCAAUUUUAGUAGGUAUGUGAGGUUCAAUACUAUGCAAGUUAUUGUGCUUGAUGUGCUGCUGAUUUUCCCUGAUCUUGUGGAGAGAAGCUUCAACCCAAAAGAUGGGUUGGGAUUGGAUGUGCUGAUGAGCUUGGACAGCACUGUGUUUCUCUUCCUUUUGGUGUGUUUGAUUUAUGGGUCUGCUUCUUGCGUUUUGGGUCAGGUGCCCAGAUUGCCCAUUGUAGCUGAAGCUGCUGAGAGGCAAGUUCCUUGA